CCCUCGGUCGUGCUUCAAGUUGCGAUGGGGUACAGUUUCUGCUGCAGCGGCAGACAUCCUAGCCAUGGGCACUGGCUUCCAUUGCAGCUGGAGAUUAGAUCGGAUGCCCACGCAAGGCCCCGAUGCCAGGAGAGUUGAUGCCAUUGCUCGGGACGGUUCUUUCUGGGCCAAGCUCAACGUCGUCUGCGACCUCGGCCAGGACAUCGACGUUGAGAGGAGCUGGAUGCAAGGCUGCCCGUGCCACGAGGAGGAGUGCAUUGAGCACGCCAGGAAGGGCAUGACCUUCAAGUGCCCAAACAAUCGAAAGUCGUGCAGAGGCCCUCAGAUUCGACAGAGGCUCCAGGAUACUUUUGCCAGGUGGCGGGACAACCAUAUUGCCCUCCGCACGACUUCCGAUGACGACCCGACGGGCGAGAUCUACAGUGCUGUUCAUGCGGCGUACAGCCAUCUCUUGGGCGUGGCCAAACACAAGUUCAAGUUCUUAGAUCACUUGCCAUAUCGCUUCUGGGAGGCUCGGGAUCCAGCGAUUGCUCGAGAACUGCUGGGCCUGUAUCGUCGGGGCGUGGUGGAUGGCUCGCAGCAUCACCGCGUGGCCGUCAGGUGGUGCGAGGGCGAUCUCAGCGCCGACUUCAUCGACCACUGCGAGGGCCGCGGGAUGUCGUCUCGACUUGACGCCGAGAUCAAAGCACUCGAGUACGCGAAGUUCGACGGGGCUAGCGCUGAGGCAGUUCACGGGCAGCUGGCCCGCAUUGCGACGGCAUCUACAGGGUCGUCUUUUCGAUUCAAGGCCAGUGGAGUGCGUUUGAACCAGAAUUUGACGGAAUACGACCUUUAUUGUUCUCUUGGGUGGGCAGACAAGCUUCACGCUUACUGGAACAAGCACAAGGCUGCGUUGCAAAGUAAGACGGGGAGGAGGGGCGCGCUAGUGCCCAAACGUGUUUCAGAUGCUGCUUACUGCGCCCAGGUUUACCGAUACGGAUGGCAUUCCCAACAGGAUUGGAGCGAGCUCAGGUCGCACGUCAGUGGCCAGCCGCGCGCUCGACGGGCGCAGGCUUCAAUGUCCUUCGCCAAGAUCAAGAAAUAUUUCAUUUCUAGUCUGAUUAAGCCUCGUCAGCUGUACUCCGUCCGCACGCACCCCGAUAAGAUCGAGCAGGCCCGAAGCUCGACAGCGAUUUACGAUGGCGAGAGCGGCGACGCUGUGCGCGAGUUGGAGGUCUUCGAGGUUAUUGGCAUGAACCCAAAUGGGAAGAGGGUCCCCGAGGCUUACGACACGUCGUCGAUGUUCUGCCCUGCCAUGAUCAGGAAAUGGGUUUUGCACGGGGCAGGGCCAUGGCAACAAACACCAGCGCAUCUUACCCUUCAGCCGUCUCGAGGAGACCCGACCAUCAUGGACGUGACCGCGAUGACGUCUUGGGUGAAGCUGAGGGACUCACUGCACAUGUGGGCCGAGCGGCGUCCGUCUGAUGUCGACGGCUGUCUUGACGCCGCUAAGCCCGUGCAUUGGAAUGGCCUCAUACCUCUGCCUUGGGACCCUGGGACAUGCCCAGCUUUGGCGAUGUUAGGCCGCUUGAAGGAUGAAGGGUGGACCGAAGGAAAUCCAGACCACCAUCGGCUGCCGAUCGAUGACAAGAAGCUCAAUAUGAAAGACGUUGUCGCUAGGAAGUCUUACCUUCUUUGUCUGUUGGAUGCGGCGUCCCUGCAGGACCGAGGGUGCGACGCCAUCUACGCUGGCCAGGUUGAGCAGUACUACCGAUGCCUCCUCAACGUUGACCCGAAUAUUCCGCCUAACCGUGGUGCUGACUUCUAUCGCAGGGCGUUGAAGUCUGGCGGCUGCGGUAGCUUGGCGGACGUCGUGAUCGACGCUGACGGCGUCGGGGUGCCGAUUCACGUCAUGGGCGCUGCAGUCGGAGCUCGGCCAGCUCCUCUGCCACCAGCUGGCGGCGAGGCGGCGGCCAUCCAGGUGUUCGGUUCGCUCGCUGCUGAGGCUCUGCCCGCUGGUUCGCACGGCGAUUCUGGCGCAGGAGGUGACGAUGACCACUCCCCAGUCGGCGCCGCGGCCCCGCCGCCACUUCCCGGGCUAGAGGCGCCCGCCCCCGAGGCGCCCAUCGUCGUCGUCGGCGGAUUCUGGCAAGCGGCCCCGAUCGGUUAGAUCCAUGGGGGCUUCAUCGAGGGGUGCAGGAUCCACGAGGAGGUUUACAGCGAUCAACGCCAGAGCUACUCCAGGUGGUCGAUCACUUGCCCUGUCUGCACAACAACCCACUACCGUCCAAAGAACCCGUGCUCGAGAUCGCGAACGACUGCUCCAUCUUCGAGGGCGCACUUUGGAGUCUCAGAGAUCUAUGCUUACCUCGGGAUCUGGGCGAGGAACGCUCAUUUGUACGACGCGGCAGCGGAUCACAUCAAGGAUCCCAAGCCCACUGUUGCGCGGUUGCGCGCGUAUUGCGCAGCGAAGGGUUGGCUGUGAGAAAAAAAC